AUGGGGGAUUACGGGUUCGGAGUCAUAGUUCAAAACAACACUGGCAACAAGUCUGCGUUCCCGGUCCGAAUCCACCCGCAUCUGCAGCCCCCACACCACCACCAAAAUGUGUCGCAGAGCCCUGCCGCGUUCAUAAACAGCACCACCGCUGCGGGGAAUGGCACCACAGCAGGCUCUCCCUGGCUCUUCCCCGCCUCGGCCACCCACAGCAGCGUGCAAGACGAAAUCCUGGGCGGGUCGGAGAAGCCCAAAGCGCAGCAGCAACAAGAAAUGCAAGAAACGCAAGAAAAGCAGCUGUCCCCCGGGAGUCACCAGGAGGGCGGUGGCGGCGGGAUCAUUUCAGAACUGGAAAAAGGCCGGUCGGAGGACAGCAAGACGGACAACUGCUCGCCUGAAGGCAGCACCGGGAAGGAGAAGCAGAUACGUCUCGAGUCUCCUGUUCUGACGGGCUUUGAUUACCAGGAAACAUCCGGUCUGGGGGGCCCGGUCCAGUCCAGUACCACCUCGUCAUCGCUCACCGGCUUCAACAACUGGUCGGCGGCCAUCCCGCCAGCUCCCUCGACCAUCAUCAACGAGGACGUCAGCUUCUUCAACCCAGCGUCGGCCAACAACGGCACACUGCUGUUCCAGAACUUCUCCCACCACGUCAGCCCGGGCUUCGGCGGGAACUUCUCCCCUCAGAUAGGACCGGCCGCCGCCCUUUCGCAGCACCACCCGGCUCCCCCGCCGCACCCUCACUUCCAGCACCCACAUAGCCAACACCAGCAGCACAGGCGCUCGCCCGCCUCCCCGCACCCUCCUCCGCCCUUUCCGCAUAGGAAUCCGCCCUUCAACCAGUUGCAGCAUUUGUCCAACAGUCUGAGCAAACCCCCAUCCCCCUGGGGCCCGGGCAGUUAUCAGAGCCCCUCUCCCUCCCCGGGCUCAUCCACCUCCUGGAGUCCAGGAGGCAGCUACGGAAGCGGCGGCGGCGGAUGGGGGGGAUCUCAGGGCCGAGAUUAUCGCCGAGGCCUCAACGGUGGCAUGACGCCUAUCAACUCCAUUUCACCACUGAAGAAGACCUUUCUGAAUAACCACGUGGCGUCCCAGAAGUACCCUCGUAACAGUCCCGCCGGCUUCAAUCCAAAAUCUUGGAUGGAUGACAGCGUCGGCCGCAGUGAUAAUAUCUUCCCUUUCCAGCAAGAGCGCACCAGGUCAUUUGACAGCUUCAACAUGAACACUCUUGAGAGUUCCCUGAUCGACAUCAUGCGUGCUGAGCAAGACAACCUGAAAGGUCGUCUGGGGUUCCCCCUUCCUGGCGGGGACAACCCACUGCCCCUCAAUGCCAGGAGUUAUAGCAGGAGACGAGGUCAUUCUUCCCUCUUUCCGAUGGAGGAUGGAUUCCCCGAUGAUGAGCGUGGUGAUCAAGGCCUGGCUGGCCUGGGCUCUCCACACUGCUUUCCUCACCAAAAUGGCGAACGCGUAGAGCGCUACUCACGCAAGGUCUUUGUGGGAGGAUUGCCACCAGAUAUAGAUGAAGAUGAGAUAACUGCCAGUUUCCGGCGUUUUGGGCACUUGUUUGUUGACUGGCCUCAUAAAGCCGAGAGCAAGUCUUAUUUCCCACCAAAAGGCUAUGCCUUUCUGCUUUUCCAGGACGAAAGCUCUGUGCAGGCUCUGAUUGACGCUUGCAUCGAGGAGGACGGCAAGCUGUACCUGUGUGUGUCCAGCCCCACCAUCAAAGAUAAGCCGGUCCAGAUCCGCCCGUGGAACUUGAAUGACAGUGAUUUUGUGAUGGACGGUUCACAGCCUUUGGACCCCAGGAAAACAAUUUUUGUCGGAGGUGUCCCUCGCCCGCUCCGUGCAGUGGAGCUGGCCAUGAUCAUGGACCGCCUGUACGGCGGCGUCUGCUACGCCGGCAUUGACACGGAUCCUGAGCUGAAGUACCCGAAAGGAGCUGGGCGGGUCGCCUUCUCUAAUCAGCAGAGCUACAUUGCUGCUAUCAGUGCUCGCUUUGUGCAGCUGCAGCAUGGAGAAAUCGAUAAACGGGUGGAAGUGAAGCCAUACGUGCUGGAUGACCAGCUGUGCGACGAGUGCCAGGGGACGCGCUGCGGCGGCAAGUUUGCGCCGUUCUUUUGCGCCAACGUCACCUGCCUGCAGUACUACUGUGAGUACUGCUGGGCGGCCAUCCACUCGCGCGCCGGGCGUGAGUUCCACAAGCCGCUAGUGAAGGAGGGCGGCGACCGGCCACGUCACAUCUCGUUCCGCUGGAAUUGA